AUGCAAAAUUAAUAAUUUUGUGAGGGUAGGAAAAUAGACUUAGGUUGGUUGACAGAUGCAAAAAAUGAUUAUCAGACUCUACUUAUUAAAUCAUUUAGAUAAUAAUUUAAGGAAGAAUUAUAAAAUAUAGCAAAUAAGGAAUUGAUUACAGAUGAAAUGAUCAUGAGUCUUUGUUUGAGUAUUGAUUAAAAGAAGGAAGAAUUAGUGAUGUAAAAAAAGAGUAGUGUAACAGGUGGUUAUUUGGAUAGAUUUGUGAGAUUUGAGAAGCAUAUACUUUAAUAACUCAAAGAUCAUAAGCCUGUAAAAUCAUUCCCUCUUUAUUAAAAAGUCUAUGUAGAAACCAAAGCAGCUGAUUAAAAGACUUGGUUCAACAAAAAUGGUGAUAUGGCAAGAUUACUUUUGGAAUUUGAAAAAGGACAUUCAGGUGUUUACAUAUACAGAAAAGAUAAAAAUUAAGCAAUCAAAUGGCAAAGAUAUUUGAUAAUUGAAAAAUUAUUGCAAGUAAAACCAAAACUUGUUGCUAGAUGUUUUGAAUAUUGUUAUUAAGAAUAUGAAGAUAAAUUUACAUUUACUUGGGCAUUACAAUUUGCUUAAAAUCUUGGAACUUAUACAACAUAAAUGAAUCAAUUAAAAAAACAAAGAGCUAAAUUAGAUGAAAACUUUUUAAUCUCUUUAGACAGAUAAGUCAUGAAUUAUCAUAUAAAAAAAUGGUAGGCAAAGAGUGAGAAAUAAUAUAAAGAUGAAUAAGAUUAUCAAGAAAAAAUGAAGUAAUUAUCAUUGAAAGAAUAAGAAUAAUUGAAAGCAACAGAAAAAUAGAGAGAAUUGGAAAGAUAAGAAAGAGAAAAGAGAAGAUUAGAAUUAUUAGAAUAAAUGGUUACUUAUUUAAGACCAAAAAAUUAAGAAAUCAAACGAUUUUAUAAAUAUUGGUAGGAUAGAGCAAUUCAUAUUCAUCACAAUAAUCCAAAAGAGUUUUCUAUCAAAUUUCUUAGUAUGUAUAUGUAGAGUAAUACAUAAUUGAUAAGACCUUAAUUAGAAGUAAGAUUUGUUUCUGAAGUAUCUUUAUAACAAAUUAUUAUAGAGAACAGAAAACACAAAAGAUAUUGAAAACACAAAAAUAUUAGAUGGUUUACAAUAUCAUAUUGAGUAAAACCCCUAUUACAAGAUACGUUUACUUACUUAGAUGAGUUAAUAAAGAAGAAGAGACUUUACAACUUGGAUAUUUAAAGAUGGUUUGCUUGGUGUAUGUGGUAAUACAUCAGUUACUGUUGAAAAUUUUGGAUUUAAAGAUUUUCUGGACCUAUAAGUUAUAGAUACAAUUAGUAAAUAUAAAUUAUUAAUAAAUAAGAAACUAAUACAGCUUCAAAAGUUCUUAGAAUAUAAUUGCAGGAUUUGGUUCAAUAUUUAUAUGAAGGUCGAUCCUUUUGGGUAUAAUUAGAAUUUGGACCAUCAAAAAUAUUUGUAGAAAUGGAUAUACUCGAACAUUCAAAUAUAGACCCUAUAUUCUUAGAUAGAUUGAAGUUCAUUUAAUUAAAUAGUAUUCUCAGAAAGAUAGCUGUAAAGAUUAUUGAAUAGAGAACACCAGUAAUAAAUAUAUAUCCAUUUAGAUUCCUAUUGUAGAAACUGUGAGAUAUAGUCUCGAAAUUGAUAGAUAUAGUGAAGAAAUUUAAAAUCUAUAUUAAAGAUUUUAUAUAGAGAAUAUUUGUUUAUAACCUCAUUGUAUUCCUACAGCUUGGUUUUCUUCUUUAGAUGGAAUGGAUAAAGUAGUUAAACCUAUCAUAGAUAUCCUUAAAAGAAAUUUCUAAGAUUUUGUUGAUAUUGGAGAAAAUGUUAAAAUUUAUUAAUAAUUAAAAUUAAUUCCAAAUUUGAAUUUACCUUUGGAGAAAGAUGUAAAUGAAUUUAUGAACAAAUUACCAGUUAUUUAAGCAAAUUAACAUAAAUAAUGUCAAGGUAUGUUAAUGACAUUUUUGAUUUAUUGUAAUGUUAGAGGAAUUUAAUUGAAUGUGACAAUACUCAAUAUAUUAUUCACAAUAGCAAGUAAAUUUAUUUGUAUUACUCAUUCACACUUUUUCUAUAAACUAUCAAAUCCUGUUUUUGGUGAUAAAUUUGAUUCAGAAGCUCAAGCAUUUUGGUUAUUUGCAUCAUUCUUAGAUUUAAUGAGAAAUAUUCGAUACCCAUUAGUCAAAGAUGAUGCCUAAUUUUGUCCUUAAGAGACAGUCAUAUAAUAUUUGGAGUUUCAACAUUAAAAUCUGAUAAAACAUUGCAAAAUUUAUGAUAUUGCUAUAGAAAAUAUUAUAUAUGACAUUCUAAUUUGUUUUUACACUAAUAUAGUUUAAUCUUUACCUUUAUAUAAUAUUUGGAGUUUAAUAAUAAGAAAGAUGUCAACAAAUAAGAAUGUUUAUCUUAUAGUAUUAAUUGUAUUGAUUGAAGAAUUAGGAGAUAAAUUAUUGGUUUGUUAAAAUACAGAAGAUUUUAAGAAUGCCAUAUCCUUAUAAGGUAAUUAAUCAAUGAGAGAUUUUAGCUUAGCUUAUGGAUAUUCUUCAAUUAGAAGCUGCAUAUUCAGGUUGUGAAUCAACUUUGAAUAGAAUUAUUAAUUCAGAGCAAUCCAUACAUCAAUCAAUUGAACACUCAAAUAUCCAUGAGCCUUUGAUAUAGGACCAAUGA